UAUUUUUAUUACUUACGCUAUGCUAAUUGUUUAUUUAGAAAACCUAUAUUUAAAUGCAAAUAGCUUGGAAAUGCUGAAGACAUGGGCUCCGACGCAGGUUGAAAAGUGGGGGGGGGGCAUAGGAGUUUUAAACAAUCAUAACAAAAGAUUUUUAAAAACGCUCUAUUAUUCUGCAAUAACGUGGGGCCCUGGAAGAUAGAAGAACAGUUUACUUAGAUGAAAUGCAUGCCUAAAUGAGCAUGUUUUGAACAGUAAUGCAAGGCCUUGUUUCCCACCCUGUAAAUGCGCACCUUGGCAGCUGGCUUUCAUUUUUUGAAAACGAAUCACCUUAAUAGCACACGUGCACCUUAAUUGGAGGUGGGCUUGUAGUUGCACCGUAAAAAAGAACCAUGGCCAUGGCGGUGAUAGUGAACUCCUUUAUUUUUAGAUUUAUUUUUGCAUGGAUUUCAUCGAUUCUAGUUUCAGUCAGAGGAUACAGUAAACGGUCACUUAACUUCAGUGGAGCACUUGCUGCUGUGAUAGUUGGUUUUACUCUAACGUUAGCAGGCUACGCGUUUUUUGCAUCCUUGCUAGCUUUUUUCACAACUUCUUCGUUGUGGACGAAGUGGAAAUCAGAUAAAAAGAGAAAAAUCGAAGAGGACUUUAAGGAAGGGGGACAAAGAAACUGGCUUCAAGUCUUAUGUAAUGGUGGUUUUCCAUCCGCUUUAUGUAUAAUCUAUUUAAUGGAGGUUGGGUACAAAGACCGACCAGUGAAUUAUGCUAGAGAUUUCCCGGCAUCUUGUCUCAGUAUGGCAGUUUUAGGUGCAAUAGCUUGUUGCAAUGGUGAUACCUGGUCAAGUGAAAUUGGUAUUGCAGUAGGCUCUAAGACACCCAGGCUAAUAACUACACUAAAAAGGGUCCCAGUUGGAACAAAUGGUGCAGUGUCUUUUGUUGGUACCACUGCCAGUCUGAUUGGUGGCCUUUUUAUUGGCCUAGUUUACUACAUUUCUAUUUUGGUACUAGGAUUCAUCAACAGUUUUACAGCAGAUUACCCUGCCCAAUGGCCAGUUAUUCUUCUUGGUGGUUUUGCAGGGCUCUUUGGUAGCUUUAUUGAUUCUGUUUUGGGAGCAACUUUACAAUAUUCAGGCUUCUGUGAAGAACAAAAGAAGGUUGUCAGCAAGCCAUCAAGCACUGUGAAACACAUUUGUGGAAAAAACAUACUUGAUAACCAUUUGAUCAAUCUUCUAUCAUCCUCUAUUUCUGGAAUUGUAACAUCGUACAUCGGCUAUAUGGCAUGGCAAUAUAUCAACUAAAAGCUUUUAUCUACAGACACCACCAGGCAUAGUUUAAGGAUCGAAUAAUGUAAUUUUACUUUGUACUUUUGAAAAAGCAAAUUCUGAAAAUUUUGCUCUACUAUUUGCUGCUAAACAGUUGUACUCAUUCCGUGCUGGAAAACCACUUUCAUUGUUUAAGUAUGCUUUUUGUCCAAAUUGCUUGAUUUCAUCACUUUUCAUCACUUAUUUCAUUUGGAAAUAAGUUGCAUACAAGAUGUGAUGGAUAUCUUAAAGCUGUUGAAUGCUUAAUAUUCUGGAAACAAGUUGUUUGUGGUUUGCACUCAGAUGAAAAAUAUAGUAACGAAAACCAUUCUUUUUUAGAAGCUGUUUAUUAUUACAUUCAGAAGGAAAACAUGAUUGUCGUCCCUGCUAAAUAUGUCUUGUUGUAAUUCAAGUAAAAUUCUGAAACCUAAAUGAAAACAAAUAUACAACAAGAAAACUUCAUUAAAAUGUACAUUAUAUUUAGAUUCGCACAUUCAUAUUUGGCAAGUUCAAUUUGCAGUAAACAUUUACUUUUGCAAGUUAAAACGAUUUUGGAUUCAAACAGCAUUUUCUUUGUGAUAUUUUUUGCAAUUACAUUCAACUCUACACAAAAUUUAAACCCAACCGUGCAAUAUCUUAAUUUUACUCUGUUUACAGUUUUCAGCACCUGGUUUGAUGAUAACGGUUUCCUACUGUAGUAAUAAUUUCACAUUUGAUGACUUGGAUUUCCUUUUAACAUUGAAGGAUUAAUUAUCUUAAGAAAAACAUUAAUUUUAAUAUGAGGCUGAGUAAACAACCUAAAGAAUCUGAAUAAAAGUCAAAAUGUCACAUAUAGUCAUUCAAAAUACUGUCUGUGUCCAUAAUUGUUGAGAGUACUAUAAAGUACAAUAUGCUUUGUUCAAAAUGAUAUUUACUGAUUUAAAACUUUCUUGCAAGCAGCGCUUCCACCUUUUAAUCCAGAUUGUUUAUCUUUGACAUUUUUCCUUUUCACUUGUCAAUUAAUGUAUUUCAAAAGUUGCUCAAAGAUAUAAUCUUAUGAUGACCUUGUCAAAAACAACUUAAUAUAAUGCUUUUUGUUUAUUGAGAAAUCAAAAUUGAAGAUAAAGCCUUUAGCAACAUGGUUGGAAGCUGGAAUUUUAGAAGCAUAAAAGGCAUUGAGACACAGUCUCUGCAUAGGAUUUCAAGACUCAGCUGUCUUGAUAUACCAUAUUCUUUAAUCAUGGCAUUGAUGCCAUCAAUUUCAAUCGUUAAAUGAAGUGAUAAGACCAUUGCCCAUUGCCGCUGCAGACAGAUUUUUUAUUCUUUAUUUUAUCACACUUCUGCUUAUACAAAAAGAGGAAAAUCAUUGAGGAAAAGCCAAACAUUGUUAAUUGACUUUUUAAAUUACAAGCAGGAUUCUUUGCAAUUAAAAUUUAAACAGAAAACAUAACAAAGUUAGUAGAAUCUAUCAAACUCAAAUAUAAUGAGAACUUUAAUAAAUGUAUUUAUACAACUUUUGAAAAGAAAGCUCUCUGUCGCAAUUAAGCUAUACAAUAACUUGCAAAGCACUUGUAACUCCUAAAACAGGGAAGGGAAAGUCAUAGUCCAAAUAAAGAUAAUUGAUUUUCAUAAGCUCCAAAGCUAAAUAUCACUGAUGUGCUCAAUUACUUUUUACGCCAACAUAUAUGCACCAGUUUUGUACAUCUGAAGAAUCUAUUACUUUGAUAUAUCCAAUGUUAAAAUGUGUUUGUUGUUAGUUUGCUUCGCACACUUUUGAAAGGGUACCUUAUAUUUCUAGAUAAAAUCAAAACUCUAAAAGGUCUUCAAAUAGAGUUUUGAAAAACAAAGGAUGGGCUUUAAAAGAGCAAAAACAGAGGGAUUUUGCAAAUGAGGGUCAUUUAAAAUUUAUUGUAAAGAUUGACUAAAUUUUAAGAAAUCAAUCUCAAAAUGGUAAGUACCACCUCUAACUAUCUGACUGCCUUCAAAAUAUUUCUUUACAAAUGUUCUAGUAAUUCUGCAGAAUAGUUUGAAAAUAGUCAUUGGAUGAGAUUAUAGACAAGCAACUAGCCUAACAGGUUUAACCACAAUUUUGCAAAAAGGGUGUAUCUGUCAGUGAGACAGAAAGGUUUGAGAAGGGUCUCAAAAAUUGCUGAAAACCUGUCUUUAAGCAUCAGAGAACAAACUUUAGGAAUUUUUGAUGUACUAGAUGCAGGUCGACCUUUAGGAGAUGCUUCCCUCAAAUUUACAAGACUUGUUUCCAAAGAAGGGAUGAAUACUCAUGUAAAUAAAAAUGACAUUGGACUUUCCCUUGCUCUGAUUAUCUUUUGUGCCUUAAUCCACAAACAGGAAAAUAAAUAAUGUUACAAAACAAGACAGAUUUAAGAGCAAUAAGGCUGUGUUUGCAACCAUGUACCCCCUUUUGUGUUCUAUUUGGGAUUUCAAUAAUUGUCGACUACUGAGCAUCACAAGGGUAUCACCAAUUAAUGAUGCAGUAGUUUCAAAGGUAUAUAAAUAUACAUAUAUAUUAUACAUGUUGAAAAUCUUGAUCUAUGUGUCAG